ACCUCCGACGGAGAUUAGAGUUGAGCAGAUACUCCAGACGAGAGAGAGAGAGAGAGAGAGAGAAGGACAGAGAGGCGGCGAGAGAUGACGGUGGAUAUGGAGCUGCCGCCGGGGUUCCGGUUCCACCCGACGGACGAGGAGCUGGUGAUGCACUACCUCGUCCGGCGCUGCACCUCGCAGCCGAUCGCCGUCCCCAUCAUCGCCGAGCUCGACCUCUACAAACACGACCCCUGGGACCUCCCCGGGCUGGCGCUGUACGGGGAGAAGGAGUGGUUCUUCUUCUCGCCGCGGGACCGGAAGUACCCGAAUGGGUCGAGGCCGAACCGGGCGGCGGGGAGCGGGUACUGGAAGGCGACUGGGGCCGACAAGCCGAUCGGGAGCCCGAAGCCGGUCGGGAUCAAGAAGGCGCUCGUGUUCUACGCCGGGAAGGCCCCCCGUGGGGACAAGACCAACUGGAUCAUGCACGAGUACCGCCUCGCCGACGUCGACAGAUCCAUCCGCAAGAAGAACAGCUUGAGGCUUGACGACUGGGUGCUGUGCCGCAUAUACAACAAGAAGGGCGCGAUCGAGAAGAAGCAGCCCCACGUGCAGCCGCAGCCCCCGCCGGUGCCGGCGCCGGCGCCGGCGCCGGUGGCGAUCCAGUCUCUGGGGCCCGCGGCGGCCAGCAGCUUCACGGAGUACGAGGACGAGAAGCCCCCGGUCCUGACGAUGCCGGCGCUGCCUCCCCCGCCGCCCCCCGUGCUGAACGAUCUGGUGCACUUCGACACGUCAGACUCGGUGCCGAGGCUGCACACGGACUCGAGCUGCUCCGAGCACGUGGUGACGCCGGAGCUCGCGUGCGAGGUCCAGAGCGAGCCCCGGUGGAAGAAUGAAUGGGAGAGCAUGCUGGACUUCGGGGGCGGGUGCAGCUACGGGUACUUCACUGGCGGCGCUGCCGCCGGUCAGAUGUCGCCGCUGCAGGACAUGUUCAUGUACCUGCAGAAGCCGUUUUGAAUUUUUCUCGUUCGACAACCACGAGCGUACCGAGCCAGAUUUGGCGGAGCACGCGACGGUAGCACGAGACCGCAAAGUCCAUGAGUGCGCUGGUGCGGGCGCGGCAUCCGGGAGAUGAUUAUUUCGACCGGGCAGCGAUGUUUGGACGUUUAAUUGUAGCAGCAGAUUUAGUCGCCUAUAGCUUGUGUACAUCAUCUGUGUAUAUGCAUGUUUCGUGUAUGCAUACAAAAACCAUUAGUCUAUGAAUGAAGUUAGGGUCGUCUCUUCUUGUGAGCGCAAUAUCCAAGGCUGUAAGAGAGGAUUUGAGAAGAUGUAAUUGUAUCUAACGACCGAUAAUGAAAUUAUCUAUUUGAAAUGCA